GGCAUCAGCUCAUGGCGUCAACCGCUUUUGUUGUUUUUUUUUUUUAAUACCCUUCUGCUCUUCUCCCUCCUACAACACACGCUCUAAAAAAAGUUCCUCCAUUUCGCUUCCUUCCGGAGAAUACGAGAGAUUUCUCUCGCAGAAGCUAAGGUGUAUGGAGUUUUGAUGGUGCAACAGCAUGCAGACUAGUUGAAACAAGUGAGACUUGUUCCUAUGACAUCUUUUUUGGAGCAAAAUCUUAUAGACAAGCCUGGACUUUGAAUUUUUUGUCUUAAUUCUUUUGGCUAUAUAUACCAGUUGUGUCAUAUUGAUGCUAUGAUGCAUGUUAAUUACUAGUUAUAAUAGCCAUAAAGAAAGUUUUUACCUCCCUUCCGAUCAAUAUUGGAAAAAAUUGAGGUAAACUUAUUGUAGAUAGGAGAGCUGAUAUGUAUUUGCUAUCAGCCUUUAUGUUCAAGUCUGAGCUCAUGGGUGUUUCUCCAUCACAAAUUAGUUGUCAUACAAAAAGUUACUCAUGCCCUAAACAUAGCAGACCGGGAGAAACACCUGAAUAUGAUGUCGAAUGUAAAUGUACCGAAAUAUCAGAACAGAGACAUUGGAUUACGUCAGAAACUGUACAAAUUGAACCAGGUGAUACUAUUACUGUAGUUUCCCAAUGUGGUACUAGUGAAGCAUUACAACAAUCUUCUGAAGAUGCGACAAAAAAUACUCUUGCUGAAAAUUUGGAUCCACCAUCUGAAGAUGCACGCAAGAGUGGUUUGACUGAUAAAAGUUUGGGCCCUAAACUAACUGCAAUAGAUCAGAAACUUGAGUUUGGUUCAGAGGAUACACGUAGUGGACCAUCAAAAGAACAAUAUUCACUUAGCUCUGGAAUCAUACAGGAUCAAAAUGCACUAUCAACCUUCACUAUUGAUGAAACCUUGCAACGAUUGUGUGCAGAUGCAGCCAAGAAUUCUCUUGCUAAAGAUUUAGAAUUACCAUGUGAAGAAGCUAGUAAAAGUAGUCAGAUUGUUAAAAGUCCAUGCCCUAAGCAAUCCACAUAUGAACGAACACUUGAGUUUUCUUCAGAUAUUGCUUGUUGUGAACCAUCAUUAGAAAAACGAAAGGCUUGCUGUGACAUUGUAAAAGGCGAAUUGGUGGAAAUCAGCACAACAUUGUCUAGCUGUACUGCUACCGGGCAUUUGGAGCCACCUCCUGUUCUUGUGACAUAUUUAGGUCUGGCUUCUGACAGUGAGAUCAACAUUCCUGAUGAAAAACUACGACCACCUCAUGAUGAAGUGGAUAAACACUCGAAUCUUGAACGGUCAGAAACACCAUCUAAAGAUGCAGUUAGUAAUUCCAGUCAGGUGGGCCAGAGGGUUAAAACAACUGCAAAAUCAUCAAGAAAAAAAUAUAUACUAAGAUCUUUGGUAAGAAGUGAUAGAGUUCUGCGGUCAAGAUCACAAGAAAAAUCUAAAUCUCCUGAUUCCAGUGCAAACCUGGCUAAUGUUAGCUCCAAAAUAGAGAAAACUACGACAAAUAAGAAAAAGAGACAAGGAAAGAUAAUUGAAGCUGAUGAAUAUUCAAAAAUCAGAAAGCAUUUAAGAUAUUUGUUGAAUCGGAUGAGCUAUGAACAAAGCCUGAUCACAGCUUAUUCUGCAGAAGGCUGGAAAGGACUAAGCCUAGAAAAGCUAAAGCCAGAGAAGGAACUGCAAAGAGCUACAUCUGAAAUUUUUCGACGGAAAUUGAAUAUAAGAGAUUUAUUUCAACGUAUUGAUUCACUAUGUGCUGAAGGAAAGCUCCCAGAAUCGUUAUUUGAUUCUGAAGGGCAGAUUAGCAGUGAGGAUAUAUUCUGUGCAAAAUGUGGUGCCGAAGACUUGACUGCUGAUAACGAUAUUAUACUUUGUGAUGGUACCUGCGACCGAGGGUUCCAUCAGUUUUGUUUAGUACCACCAUUGUUAAAAGAAGAUAUUCCUCCUGAUGAUGAGGGUUGGUUAUGCCCUGGAUGUGAUUGCAAAGUUGAUUGCAUUGAAUUGCUUAAUGACUCUCAAGGAACAAAUAUUUCUAUCAGUGAUAGUUGGGAGAAGGUUUUCCCUGAGGCUGCAGCAGCUGGACAAAAUCCGGAUCAGAACUUUGGACUUCCUUCAGAUGAUUCUGAUGAUAAUGAUUAUGAUCCUAAUGGACCAGAAAUUGGUGAGAAGAGUCCAGGCAAUGAAUCAAGCUCUGAUGAAUCUUGCUUCACUUCUGCAUCUGAUGAGUUGGAGGCUCCACCAGGUGAUGAGCAGCAUUUGGGGCUUCCUUCUGAUGAUUCAGAGGAUGACGACUAUAAUCCUGAUGGUCCAGAUCUUGAUCAGAACUUGGUGGAGAGUUCAAAUUCUGACUUUACAUCUGACUCUGAGGAUCUUGCCGCUACUCUUGAUGAUAAGGAGUUGUCUGGAGAAGAUGAAAGCCGUGUGUACAUUAGACCUCAAGGAGAUAUUACUAGAGAAGGUUCUAACCAUGGUGGAAAACAGAAGCAAUCUUUACAGAGUGAGCUGUUAUCCAUAUUAGAGCCAAGUCCUAGCCAAGAUGGGUCUGUACCCAUUUCUGGGAAAAGAAAUGUUGAGAGAUUGGACUACAAAAAAUUGUACAAUGAAACAUAUGGAAGUAUUUCAUCUGACUCAAGUGAUGAUGAAGAUUUCACUGAUACCGUUGGACCAAGGAAGAGGAGGAAAAGUACAGAAGUUGCUCCAGCAACAGUGAAUGGAGAUGCUUCUGUGACCAAGACUGGAAAGCAAGACCUAAAAGAGACAGAAUGCACUCCUAAGAGAAGUUGUCAACAGCCAAACUUUGAAAAUACAAGCAUACCACCAGCUAAAGCACAUGAUGGCUCUUCUCCAUCUAGUUCUUGUGGUAAAACAGUUGGGCCAUCAAUAUGUAGAAGGCUUGGAGAAGCUGUAACUCAGGGACUCUACAAAUCCUUUAGGGAAAAUCAAUAUCCCAACCGAACCACAAAAGAAAGUCUGGCAAAAGAGCUAGGAAUUACUUUUCGGCAGGUUACUAAGUGGUUUGAGAAUGCUCGAUGGAGCUUCAACCAUUCAUCAUCUAUGGAUGUGUUGGUCAGAAAAACUUCAAAAAUGGAAUCUCCACUGCCUAAAACACUAGGGCCUAAAACUAUUAGCAGAGAUGCUACUUGCAAUGGAGCUCAAAGAGAGGAAUCACCCAAGAUGCAAAGCGCUAAAUUGUGUAGCCCAGAAGCCAGCAAACAAAAAUCCAAAACCUCAAAAUCUAGAAAGAGAAAGCAUACAUCAGAUCAAACAUCAUCGGGAACAGAUUCAAUAACUGAGAAAAUGGUAAAGCUUUCGGCUAAUUUACCAAAAGUUAAAGAAAAACAAGUGGGUGGCCGGAUGACGAGAAGUAAAUCUGUUGCUUGAGGCUUUUUCUUCUUUACACCCUCCUAUAGGAUAAUAAGAGAUCAUAUACCUAUUGGGAAAGCAGGAUGUAUGGAGAUGUUCUACAGUCGGCUUUCUAAGGGAUUGCCUUCGGCCCAUAAAAAGUGAUCAGAUGGGCGACAUUGUUUCUUGUACUUUGAUAGAGGGAUCACCUUCUGCCAAGAAAGUGAUCCCACAGGUGACAUUUUAUUUCGGUGAUGAGAAAGUGCUUCACUUUUCUUAUCACAGUAAUUAUUUUGGUGACAUUAUUUUGGUAUAAAACAAAAAUCCUCAAAUUAAGAUUUUCAUUUGAAAUUUAAGAAUUUUUGUUUUUCUCUAA